AUGCUUGGCUUGUUGAAACAUGUAAACGUAUUCCAGCAACGAGAGACGAUCGCGUGUUGUUGGAUUUGCGAGAAUUGUAUGGAUCAUCAAAUAGUCAACUAUACGACAAAUCAGUGCCAGAACUGUAGCAUUGGCUAUUGGCCAGAUGCCACGAGAAGCAGUUGCCACGCUCUACCUCAUGAAACCAUCUCGUGGUCAUCGUUUGGCUCCAUUCUGGCCCUGAUUUUGGCCACCGUCGGAAUGAUCACCACCACCCUGACGACCAUCAUUUUUCUACGACAUAACAGCACACCGGUGGUGAAAAGCACAACCAGGGAACUUAGCUAUAUUAUACUCUCAGGGAUUAUGACGUGUUAUGCUGUGACUUUUUCGAUUUUGGCCACGCCCUCCUCAGUGACAUGUUUUUUGACCAGAAUUGUCCCGCCGAUUGCCUUUUCCAUAGUUUAUUCCGCCCUGUUGACAAAAACAAAUCGAAUAGCCAGGAUCUUGGCUGGUAGCAAAAAGAGAAUCCUCACGAAGAAACCGCGCUUUCUCAGCACUUUCUCGCAGGUAGUUAUAACAUGGAUCCUGGUUGGUAUACAAUGUGUGAUAGUGGCUGUUGGAGUGCUGCAGGAGUGGCCAUCAGCCGGUUUCUCCCCACACUAUUUGCCAUCUCGUCUGGUUCUCGUAUGCACGACAUCGUCAGGAUCAUUUCUUACGCCUUUCAUGUGGAAUCUCCUACUGAUCUCAUUAUGUACAUUAUAUGCUGUAAAAACUCGCAAUCUACCUGAAAACUUCAACGAGGCAAAAUUUAUAGGAUUUACUAUGUAUUGUACCCUUGUCGUCUGGAUAGCGUUCGUCGUACUGCAUAUGGGCACAGUGAACAAGGCGCUGACGAUGAGUUUCUCGUUCUCACUCUCCGCUUCAAUACCUCUGUUAUUGUUGUUCUUUCCCAAACUCUAUAUUAUUAUACUACACCCGGAAAAAAAUGUACGAGCUUCUUAUACAACCACCAAGUUGAUACGGUAA